AUGGGAAACGGGGUGUCCGCCCCUCCUGGGGGCGCAGGCCUGGACGGUCCUGCUUCAGCACUGCAAGGAUCCCCGUUUGUUUCGUCGGCAGUUCUUUCUUCGGCGUCUAGACGGCGUUCUUCGCGUCUGCGCGCUGCGUGUGAGGCGAAAGCCGCAGGUUCUUCUGUUGACCAGACCUUCUGCUCUGCCGUCGACCCGCCAAAGGUUCCUUCGGCGUCGAGUUGCGCACUGAAGAGUCUACCUCUCCCUCUCCCCCUUCUGCCAGCCUUGUCUGACUCUGCUCUUCCACCGCCGCCGUCUUCAACGCGGUCGGAACCUCCGUACCUGUCUCCGUGGCUCUCGUCUUCUCCGGAUUCUCUCUCGCCGUGUUCGUCGUGUCCGGCGCACCCUCCGUCUCGCCGGUCGUCGCGGCCGUCUUCGGCUUUUGGGCGGGGCUCCCCGGAGUGCUCCCACAGCGGCACCACUCUGAUUCCAGAGGCGGCUCUCCACGCAUUGAGGGAGAAGAACUUGGAUGCGAUUUCCGGUCUCCCGCCGGCCUCCGACAUGGCGUACGGGGUGCUCUGUCCUGGCGCGGUUAGUUGCGCCGAAGACAACGGCUCCGGUGCCUUUCUUCUCAGCUCCGCGGCCUUGCCGAAGGGGCGAGAAGACGCCCACCUCGCGGCGGGCGACUCUUCGCUUCCGAUGGGGGAGAGAGCCACUGGGGGCGCAGACUGCCUCGUUUCAUGCUUCCCACCUGCAUUUUCAAGGGAAGCCAUUUCGGCGUACGUUUCUCGCUCUUCUCGCGCCUACUUGUUGGAAGCGGUGAGACAGGAAGCCGACCAUCGCUCUCUCUCGGACGACGAAAUGGGAACGCUUCCUUCCGGGGGCGGCGGUGGGAGUGGGUCUAGUCUCGUAGCCGAUAGCCCCGCGAUCAGCGCGACGGAAGGAACGAAGAACUCAGGUGUCCGUCUGUCCGACCACUUCUUUCUCCUUCCAGCUGCCAGUGGAGGCGCGCCUGCCGUCACCCCCCAGUCGACACCAUCGCAAAACGUUGUGUCUCUCUCUCCCGCGUGCCUCUCGUGUCCAAGUGCGCAUCCGACUUCGAGAGGGGCGACCGGAACCGGCGAGGGGGGCCAGAUCGUUUCGCGGCUAGCCGACUGCGUGGAAGACUCUCUCCUUUCCGAGGCUCUGAAGGGGACACUGCAGGCCGGAGAGACAGUGCGUUGGGGUGUGGCUGGCGGAAAGGUGGAGGAACUUGAGUAUCAACUGCCGUGCGCGGAGGCAGGAGCCCGCAGCCUCAAGGCCAGAAACUUCUUCGAACUGGCCCAAAAUGGGGCGCAGAGCCGCGGUAGAGACCCUGGCACGAUCGUCCCGCCCCGACCGGAUCCCUUUGCUUGGCCAGCGGGAGGAACGGGGAGCUUGCGCGGAGGCAGAGGAUUGAGUACGCGAAGCAGCAGGGGCCGCGGACGCUCGGCGACAUCCGCGACUUCGUCGGCUUCGAAAAAAAGCCUCGGAAAGUCAGGUGUGCUUGAAAACUCUCUGUCGUUUGGAGUACCCCCUCCAUCCCAAAAGACUCGGGGAUUCCUGUUGUCUUCGUUGCCGAGCACCGGUCUAGCGUCCCCGAUCCCUCAAGGCUCGUCUGACCCCGCCGUAAAUGCCCGCUGCAUUCACCGUGCAUGUGAGGCGAAUGACGUUGAGGCGUCUCCAGAUGGAAACUCUCUAGGCCCGGCCGACACGUGGGGAGGCUCUCGUGCACCGCUCGUGCAGGGCUCUUGCGGAGAACGUAACUCGGCGUCUUCGACCGCGUCCGGAGGUGCAGGCGACGGUGGACCUGGACUUAGGCGCGGGAGAUCUUGUCUCGAGGAGAUGCCUUCCACGGGAGGAGGGCGGCCAGCCCCUGCUCUUUUUGCGUCUUCGCCUGCACCAGGCGAUGUGCGCGUAGUCCAGGCCGCCAACGAGACGGCAGACGGCCAAGGUGGAACGCAUGUGAUCACACACGGCUCUACCGGGCUCGCGCAUGUCUCUGGUACAUCGGCGCCCGCAAAGAAUGGAGAGGGAGGCGAUCGUCCUGAAGCCUGCUACCAGUGUUGCAACCGCGAGCACAUGGCCCCUUUGUCCGCGCCGGCGGGGCGCAGCCGGCCUCCACCGACGUGCGGUGGGCGGGCGGAGGACGACACUGAUGUUUUGGUUGCAGCUGGACAAGCUGGCGCUCUCAACUCGUAUGCCUGCUGCUCGGAGACUGCGACCAACCUCUAUUCGAGGAGGAGCGCGGCGCUCGCGGCCUCGCCUGGACCGGCCGGGUGUACGUGCUCCCUCGUUCGUAGCGGAAACUCUUGCGGAGGAACGAUGUCUCUCGCGAAUUCAGCACCCCUCGCUGACGGGGCAGCCGCCGUCGAUGUGACACGCUGUUUUUUGCACUCUCGAGCGAGGGACUCGGCGGCUCGGGACAUUGCAGGUUCGUGCGAGAAUGCAGACGGCGUUCUGUUCAAGGUACGAGGUGGAGGGGCUCCCAGGGAGCGCGGGGAGAAAGACGAUGCGUGCCUCGGAGGAAAGAGAGGGAAGCAUCGCUCAAGUUUUUCGCCGGGCCAAGAGGGCAGAAGUCUCUUUGCCGAGCGGCCAACUGAGAGCGACGGCGACAUCCGUGUCACGGAGAGACGCAGACACAGUGCAGAGAGCUUCACGCACCUCCCCCUUCCGGCCUCCCCCCACUUAGUCUUGGCAGGCAGAAACAAGGCUGGCGGACUGUGGAACGCGGAUGCGGGGAUUGAGGCUUCAGAGAGGGGAUGUCCUCAACGAGAGUGUUGUGGGGGACGAACAGGAACUUUGGAGGCGAGCGCGGCGGCCUCCCUGUCCGCCUUGCGAGCGAAGACAGGUCGAGAAACACACACGGGGAUAGCCGAAGAACAGGCUUCUAUUCCUGGCGCUCCCCUCUCCCAGGUUAUAUCCGGAGGCGGAGGCGGGCGCUCCGCAUCUGGAACAGGAAAAGUUACAGGCGUCCCUUUGCUUUUUCCGAAACGCGAAGAAAAAGGGGGAUGUUCGCAAGGCCACGGCGUUGGAGGAACUGUCAAUAGUGCGAGUAACAGUGGUCUCGCAGCCCUUUCAGGAGACCUGACGAGCUCUCAUUUACCGUCGUGUGCUCUUGCCAAAUGUGCGCCACCGGGAUCGAUGGUGGGCGUCGCUGGCGGAGCGGUCACUCCGCCAUCCGCCGCUAUCGCUGUCAGUUCUGCGUCCGGUUUUUCAGCGAGCGCUUCCGGAGCACCUUUUUCGAGUAACACAUCGUCGACAGGGUCUUCCGGUGGAGGAUCUUUUUCUCACUCUUCUUCAUCGGGAGGCUCAGGUGGAGGGGCGCUCGGAGGUGGCGCUGGACCAGGAAAAGGCGGCAAUGGUGGCCCUGGAGGCCCUGGAGGAGGCGGCAAGAAAGGGGGAGGCCCAGGAGGUGGCGGAGGCGGCAGCCAUCCAUCGUCGGCGCGUGAUCGGGGAGCUGGGAAGGAGUGUCAGUCGGUUGAUUUUUACGUUCGUAGUUUCUGGAAGGUCGCGAAGACGCAGAAUGACUUGGAGAGUCCCACUCAGGGUUACUGUCGCGGCUUCGUGUAUCGCCUGCUUCUCCAUCCGCGCGGCACGACGGGGACUGACUCGGAAGCCAGUCACCUCAGCGUAUUUCUCGAGGCCAUUCGGCAAGAUUGGUACCCGGACGACUGGAUCUUUCCAAAUGUCCGGUUUGAAUUGACUGUGGUGAAUUUUAAAGACCCGAAACAGUCGGUAACGUCGUGGGCGCACUGGAGCUUCAGCAACGAAGCGACGAGUCGCGGAUGGCAGAAGAUGAUUAGCCACGCCCGUCUCAACAAGCAGUCCGGCUUCAUGGACGAAGACGGGACGGUCUUGGUUCGCGGAAAGGCCGAGCCGCCCUUUGCCUCGCUCUGGUCUCGCGGGCCUGUUUACAGGCCCCACCGAAUCUGGGAGUAUAUACCGGAGAGAGCCGCGAAGGCCCUGGAAGAAGUUUCGUCCUCCUGCAGUGCUGCGGCGGCCGCGCUUACCGGCGCCAAUACGUCGAUGCAGACUACCGGCCAAAGUGGCAACAACGCGGCGACCGGGGCAAACGCGAACAACUUGCUCGUGGCGGGUCCCCAUUCAGCUGCACCGGGUGGAGGUUUGCCGAGGCUGAAGACGCCCACCGCCUCUCUGUUGUCGUACGUUGACCCGAUUGUGCCUACGUUAGAUUCAUCGCUCGGCGCGGACUACGUAGCGCUUUUUGUUCACUGUCUGUUCCACCUCUGUGAGUUCCGGAAACACGUCUACAUGUGGAAGAGCGACUUCAUCAAGGCCCCAACCGUGGAGCAACUCGCGCAGGACCCGUCGCUCGCGGCGCAGAUUCCCCCCUUUGCCGACGGCUCCCUCAUCGGCGCCCUCCAGCAAACUUUCGCAUACAUGCAGCUGUGGCCCGUGACAGUGGCGUGUCGCCGGUUGCAACAGUUGGCGGCCUCCUCGUCGUCGAGCCGCAAGGAAAUUUGUGCAAGCGAAAUUUGGAAGUGGUACGGCGCGGAGCUGUUUCCGAAGAAUUCCCCCUCACGGAGGCCUGCGCCCCCGCCGCUCUCAGCGUCCGCCUCUCGCCUCGCCUUUUGCACUCUUUGCAAGCGGUGCACUUGCUGCUGCCGCUGCAAGACAACGGCGUACCACGCGGCCGCAUGGAGCGCUCCCUUUGUGCAGGGCGGCAGCGGGCCGCCGAGCGAGGGGCCGGGCCGCAAGAGCGACGACGAAGGCCGGAGCAGCGGAGGCACUAAUGGCGCAGAGGACCCAGAAAUGUUUCUGAAGCAAAUGAAGCUCGACAGAGACACCUGCCUUUGCUGCGACCUCAUGGACCGGUACCCCGAGGCGAUGAUUGACAUGCCUCCACAGCCGAACAUCAAGGCGGUGCUGAAGGCAUUGCACAUGCACGACGUGCAGAAAAUGGACGUGCCCGAUCCGCUGGUCAAGGUCCACACAGAGCUCUUCUCUCUGUUGAUGCGUGAGCUAGCGAAGGCUAAGUUGGAAACCCACCAAGUUCACGAGUACCAGGCGCGCGCGGUCGCGGCUGCUGCGGCGGCUGCUGCGGCUGCAGGCUCUGCCUUUCCCUCCUUCUCUUCCUUUGGAGGACGAGACGCGGAGGCCGGCGAGGAGGGCGGUCUACCAUCGCCGGGAGGCGUUCCGGGAGGGCCUGCUCCCGCAGGCGUCUGGACCGACGUGGACGGCGUUGCCUUCACCUCCUGCGACCAUCUCGAGGCCACAUGUCACGAGCUGUUUUCUUCCUCGGAUCGUUCGACGGGGCUGCUGAACGCAGACGGCGUGCCGGACAUCUCCGCUGGUUUCACGCGGUGCAAGCAUGUUCAUUCGCUCCAGAAGGCGCUCGAGUCGUGCGGCAAGGUCCUCCAGCACUUCCCGGAGGUGCUCUUUGUCUACCUGCAAUCUGUGAAGCAAUGUAAGAAGGGCGAGCUUUUCGAUGCACCUCUGCGGCUUGAUGCCCACAAGCUCCUGCAGCUACGGCAGCAGCAGAACGCGAACGAGGCAGGAAACGCUGACGGCCAUUCGAAAGGAAAUGGAGGCGAGAAAGGGGCUGGCACGACGACGGGCGUCGUAGACCGCGAGAAGCAGCGACGGCGACUGCGGAAGAAGCUGCAACAGUCGAGGAAAGGAAAUAAAGUGUCGCGAGACGCCCAAGAAGAGGAGUCUGACAUCACGGAAGACGAGGAACUCGCUAUCAGUGAUGAAGACGACCUCGCCAGCACUCAAGGAGACGGUAAGGGCGCAGGCAAAGGCGACGGGAAGGGUGGCCAGGGCGCUCAGGGCUCCGGUCAGACGAGCGCUCAGGGUGGGGCGGGCGCGGGGCCUGGAGGACCGGGGUCGACGGCGAACCACGGCGCAGCGAGUGCGGGGAAUGUCGGGAACCAAGAGAAGUGGUUCUCGCUUUUUGCGCUCUUCAUUCGCGAAGGAGACAGCCGCGGAGACGGCUGCGGCGCGCAUACAUCGCACUACCUCCUGCUGCGCCCCGAGGAGGAUGGGCCUUGGUUUCGAAUUGGCGAUGGGCGCGUGGAGAGGCUCAGCAGCAAGGUAGAUUUCACGGAGUGGAAGUGCCACCGGGACUUCUUCUGUGCGGGGGCAGUAUACGUCGCAGAGGAUUACAUCGAUGCGGUCCAGGCCGGAGAUGUGGACCUUUCGGGCGACCUUCUCGAGCUGAAUCCGUGGCUCUACUACCGGACGCUCUACGACUUAGGUAUCACGGAGGCGGAGAUCAAGCGACCCUGGAUCAAUCUGGCAAACAAGCCAAGUGGGGCGACUGCAGUCUCCGGGUCAGCUUGCUCGUCCCCUGUGGGCGGGAGCGGAGCCAGGGCGAGCGGAGAGGCGUCGGCGUCUUUGGAAGGCGACGGACACGCGGAGGUGGCGCCCGAACAGCGCGACGACUCCAACAGUGAACGGCAGCUGGGACUUGCAGCUGCGGACGCUGGGAAGACAGGGGCAGACUCGGGCGGCUUGGUCAGCGGGACUGCGUCUCCUUUUUCGUGUCCGAGCGCCGGAAGUGGAGUCCCAGCUGUCUCCUCGAAUGCCUCCGUCGUGCCGGGUGUCCGCCCGUUUUUUGAAGGCGAUGGAAACGCGUUUCACGAGACUUUCGAGUCGGCCUGGCGCCCGCGAACGCUCGCGGAAGAGAGACGGUACACGGUCCUCGCUCCCGUGAUCAAGUGGAUUUUUGAAGUCGCCGUUGAGAAGGCCGUGGUCUUCGCCGCCAAUUCGCCUGAACUCGUGGAAAACCACUACUGGUUCGUUCUCCGCAUGCAGUAUCUCGAGAAAAUUUUGCUCCUCGAGCUCCGGCACGCCAUCUGCGAGGUUCUCUACGACGAGUGGCUGACGAACUACGUCACGCCCUUUGUCGCGCGCUCUUACAAGAGCGCCCUGACACCGCCGAAGGUGCACGCGUUGGAGACAGUGGCGAAGAACGCGGAUGCGUCGGCCAGGGACGGCACAGACGAAGAAGGGCUACGAGUCAGGAAACUCCUUGCCGCUAUCUCUUUCUUCUUCCGCGACGACGAGGAGGGAGGGGCAGCAGCCGCUACAGCCGUCAUGUCUGCAAGCAGAUCCGAGCCAAGCGCCGUCGAGCCUGCUGCCUCCGGCGUGUCGAGUGCUUCCGGGGAGAAAGGAGAGGCGACAGCAGGUGAGAAGACGCAAAAUGGGAACCCAACAGCGUCUGCCGAGGAAAAGCAGGCGUCCCCGACCAAAGAAAAGGAGCGUAGAGAAAGGACGGAAAGCCUUGCGUCGUCACCGACGCAUGUCGGACCUCGAGAGACCGCAGAGGUCAUCGCUCACUGGGCGCGCACGCACUUGUCGGACAACGGGCGUUUGCUGGUGGAUGAAUUGGGGACUCUUUUGAAGGAUCCGCUUCACCGACUUGUUGACAGAAUUUCCACUCUGCGCCACGAAGUCGAGAUUCUGUGUCGAGAGGGAAGAAGCCGCUCUCUGCUUUACCGCGUGGGCGCCGGCGCGUCUGCUGACGCGUGCGCGGCCGGAGGCGUCCAGCCCACACCUAGCGAGAAACAAACACCCCAUGACUCAGCUUUACAGAAGGAAGACGAGAAGGGCGAGAAGAACGAAAAGGGUGAGAAGAGCGAAGGGGAUGAGAAGGGGGAAGUCGCGGGAGAAGACGUUCCCGAACCAGAAGCGUUGGCAGAGCUCAGACAGGCGGUCACAGAGCGGCUGACAGAUUUGUGGAGGUGCUGUCGGGAGUGCGUGAAGGAGAGUGAGGGGAUUCUUUCCAAAUUCACGGUGGAGAGACUGCGAACAAGUUCUUUCGCUGAGCCGGAAGCUGAAGAAGAGCGCAGAACAUCGGAACGAAAGAGCGAAGAGACGUCCGCAGUGGCCGGGUCUGAAGGCGACAAGCACAGGCGAGACGCGACCAAGAGCGGAGGAGGUGUUGGAGAGGAGAAAGAGACGCGCAGUGGCGCAGACACCGUGUCUCCGGCUCCAAACGAACCUUCUUUUUCUCCCUUGCCGCCCUCGCUUCCGCCCUCUGCAGCGGACCCAUCUCGAUGUGUCGACCGCUCGGCAGCGCUUUCUGCGGGCCGCGCCACUGGCGGGGCGCUCGACCAUCUGGGCCACGAGUACGACCUGUCGACCCGCGAGACUGUCGAGCUCGUAGCGUUCCUAUCUGAGGCUUUCUUCCUCCCAGAUUUCCGCACCAUGCGGCGCUUCCUCCGCGACCGGCGGCAUCUGGUCUUUGAGCGCAUUCGCCCCCACGAGUUGAUUCGCGCGUAUCUCUCGCUCGCGCGCCCGGAAGUGCAUCUGCCCUCUUUCCUCCAUGAGCACGGGUACAAUGUGACCUGGUGUGAGGCGGCCUUCCAGCCGGAAGACGUGUCAGCGAUUUGGGGAGACGCUUCCGUCCCCGACGUCGUCGCAGUCCAGAGUGUGUCUCGGGGCUUUCAACUUCGCAGAGCCGUCAGCUCCGUCCUCCUCCAUCUGCUGGUCACUGCGCUCGAGUGUGGACCGAGCGAAAGCGGAUUGAAGCCAGGGUCACAGAGCCUGGAGGGCGAGCUAGGAGACAAGGCUCUCGCACGCGCAACGGACAAGGCGGAGAAGGACGGCACGACGCAGGCCAAGGGGUGCGCAGCCGGCACAGUGGAUGGCAGCAGUGGCGCGGCGUCUUCGAAGAAGAAGGGUAAGAAGAAAAAGGGCGCGAAAGAGGAAGUGGAGAAGAAAGCGAAAGCAGACGAACCGGGAGAAGGUACUGCGACGUCCCCGAAGACAGGCGACGUACGCCCUUCGGAGGAGCCGGACCCGCUGCGUGGCGAGGACAUUCGAACGAGCCUCGCCGCAGACGUCUCUGCUAUCCUUCGAGCUAUGGAACACGACUGUCCAGAUCUCGCUUCUCCGACGUCGUUCGGUAUGCCGGCCGCUGCCCCUUCCCAGGUCGGCAGUGCCUCCGGCACAGCGGCGUCGACUGGCAACGCUCCAGAAGCUUCCACGCCGGGUCUUCUGCGUGAUAUCCCGUCGCCGCCUCCAGAGGCGUCAUCGGCGUCUGGAGGCCAACAAGCAGUGUUGGGCGGGGAGACAGCCGACUACCAAUCCCAGCUCGCGACGAUUCGCAAGAUUCCUCUGACGCUGCCACUUCCGGGAUCUGGUGAGAAGAGCUCGUCCUCUCAGGCGUCGGGCACAGGCGGCAAGUGCGGGAAGAAGAAAGGGCGCAUAUGCGGGUUGGGGGGGGGCAGCAGCUCAGGCUCGGGCGACCCCACGCAUGUAGUGCCUGUCUUGGAUCGCGUGUUACCGCGUUUGAAUUUUGAGCAGCGCAUCGCCGCAGCCGCCGACCCCGGAGUCUUCCUUCUCUGUCCUGCGGCUCUCUCUUCGUCGUUGUCUUCCUUCGCGCCUUCGCCUCGCGCGUCCUGCUCUCUGACUUCGCCAGCUGGAGGGGCGGGGACCCCGGCCUUCAACGACGUGCCUCCUGACGCCUCUUUCACUGCGAAACCAGGAUCGGCGAACUCGGGCGGCUUUGGGUCUGCCUUUGCCUCGGGCUCCUGCGCAUCUGGCGCGGCGCACGCAUCGGCGCUGGAGAGAGAGCUGCUCGGGCUAGGCGACUCAGGAGUGGUUCCCUUCCCGACUUGUGGAACCCUCGCGAGUCGGGGCCUGAACGGAGGCGCAGGAAGCGCCUUUCUGACGGGAAGCAGCGUCUGCCGCCGCAUCCGGUACCACGGCUUGGAGCUGGGGCUGCUGCUGGCUGAAGACUUGAAGGGCCUCGAGGGUUUCUCCAUCGAGGACAGCCUGCCGAUUCGGGCUCGCCUCCUCGUGAGAAAAAGCGUCCUGACUCCCACCGGGGGCAGUCUCCUCGCGGGUGCUCCAGCCCCGAACCCUUUGACGCCUCCUGUCUCGUCACCGUCCUCUGCGUCGCCGUCGCCUUCUGCCGGGGCCUCUGCUCUUCACGCGACGACCCAACCCCCUCCUGCUGUGUCCGAACCCCUCACCGUGCAGCGGCUGUACUGGGCCUUCCGGCGACUGCUUCACGCGCAAAUCGAAGAGUGCGAUGUCGGCGCAGACGACGCGACCGCGGGCACUUCUUCUGGGGGGGCCGGGAAGGGGAAGAAUCCAUCGACUGCGAAGGCUUGCGAGCAGCAGCUGGCGCUUCUGAACCAACAGAGUGAGCGAGAGCUGUGGUGGCUGCCGACGCCUAGGGACGCCUUUCUCCUGUACGCGCUGAGACCCGAUCCAGACCCCACGCGUAAAGGGCGGAGGCGGUUCGUGUACAUGGACCCCCUAGAUGACCUGGAGAUCUACGCGGAUCCGAAGCGACAGCUCGCCGACUCGUCUGCUCCAGAUAUCACGAUUUUGCUCGUCGCGGCUCCGCAGAGAUGCUGCUCGGAGGCGUCCGCGUGGCUCAAGGGUUCUACUUUCUCGUCGGCGGCGAUCACCGCAGCGGCUUCCGCGGUCCCGGGGGUCGUUCUCCCGCCUCCAGCUCUCACGUUCCCGCUCGAGGACGCGGACGAGUUUCCGCUUCUUGUCUUCAAGUGGUUUUCUGCCGACUCUGUCGACCUCUUCUGCGUCGGCGCGCUGGUGUGCGACGCGAAGCAGCAACUCCAGACGUACAUAUUGGACUGGCUCGUGCCGCAUGUCCGCGCGCGAGGGUACUUGUCCCCGCUGCCAUCGAGCACGAUGAAGGACGACGCAGAGAACUUCCUCGUGCUCGAGGAGUGCCACUUGAGGACGGUGCAGAACAUUCGCCGGUGGAGCUGCGCGAUCCGCAAGAUAAACAAGCGAGGGGGCGACGUCAUCAUCGUCCAGAAGAAGGGCCUGAUCGAAAGCCCCGCCUCAAUUCGCUACAGGGAGAGCUCGGCACUCCUGGAGAAGGUUAGGCUCUACGAAGUUGCGCACCACCACUGCGGAGACGGCGUUGGAGGCGAGUUCGACUUGGGAGAGGGCGUCGCAUCCGCGUCGCUGCCCCCCCUCGCCUCGACAGUCUCGGGCGCAGCGGGAAGUGGAGAUUUCCUCCUGGAAGGCAACGACCUUCUUUCGAUUCCUCCCGACGGCGCUGGCGGGGCCGGCGACCGCGUGCUCUGCGCGGCUCACCUGCACAACUUGGACGAAGGCGAAGGCGACGACGGCGCCGGAGGCGGCGGCAAGAAGAAGAAGAAGAAACAGAAGAAGGUGCUCCCGCGUGCGGCGAUCCCCAGCAACCGGAAGAGUGUCAUUGCGCGGCUGGCUGAGGACCAGCGAAGAGAAGAAACGACCCUCCUCAAGGCGGCCGCGAAGGGCCAGGAGAAAGACGAUUUUCCUCUAGAAGACACUGCGGUCCAGGCAGCUGCGCCACCGAGCGCAGGCGCGUCUCCGUCUGCGUCUUCGGCCGACAAGAAGAGUGCGGCAGCCGGCUCGGCGGUCUCUGAGGACGAAGACGACGUGAGAGUGAUGGGGUCAACGACGGCAACCAAGACGACCAAGGGAGGAAAGAAGGCGACGCCGGAUGAUUCGAAAGGUGACCGCACGAAAUCGGCGCAAGCUUCCGUGUCUCCGGACAAAGAGGGGACCGCGUCGGGAAAGAAGGCAGUGAGCGUGGCUAAUAUCGUGCCUGGCAAGUCCUCAUCGACUUCUCCCGCGGCAGCCAAAACAUCAGGCGGAGGCGUCGUGGAGGCAGCGGACGGAAAGCACAAGGGAACAACCGGAGGGGCGAGCUCGAGUGGGAAGGCGGCGCCCUCUGAGAAGAGCGGCGAGACUGGCGACAAGAAGGCAGACGGCAGCAGUCAGAGUGAAGGGGCGCCGAGUUCCGGAACGAAGGUGUCCUCUGUAGAAGCUUCAGCCGUGGGGUCGAAGAAGGGCAAGAAGGAGGCGGCUGAGUCUGCAAUGCAGGCCGCGGUGGAACAGAGUUCGGCGGCAGGACCGGGGGAAGACAAGCGCGAGGAUGCGAGUGGAGAAAACACUUUGGGGACUGGCGUGGCGUGGCCUGCGUCAGCGCAUCUGGGGUCCGUUUCCGCUUCGUCUCCGCCUCUGUCUCCCGCCUCGUCAACGAUCUCUCGCGGCUCCUCCUUUAGCAUCGUGGCUCUACCGGGUGCCAUCCAGAUGCGCCUGUCCCCUGCGGCUCAGCAACUCCUGCAGAGAGUCUCCGACAAGCAACACAUGGCGUCCCCGGCUCUGCUGCGCGAAGCUGCAGCGAUCCUAGUGGACGAAUUUCUCUCCCGUGUCAGCCAGAUCUACCGCAACGCGGCGGUGUCUGCGAUCGGUGGAGACAGCGGGGUCGAGAAGAAGGGCGGGGUUGAAGCCCGUACUUCAGGGGAGACACUGGGGAGUAGCGAGAGCGCUGGAGGGUCGGGAGCUGCAUGCGGCGCGGGGGCGCCAGCGUCAGCGUCGUGGGCAGUGUUGGUCGGCGCAGGAAUAGGAAGCGUUGCGGUCGACGAGAUUUCCGAAUGCGCGGAGAGUUUGGAGGCCAUUUGCUCGACGUGCUUCUCCACGCAGCAGCGCCCCAUCUUUAUCAAAGAGAUCCAGGUGUUGCUGGACCGGGAGAUCCACGGCCAGGGCGCUGCAGAGCCCGAAGCCGGCGAGAAACGCGCGGCGGGAGCGAGGAAAGGCGAUUCCGGCGAGAAAGGAGCCAAGGCCAGUGGAGCAUCAGCGGCAGCGAUGGCAAGACCUAAGAAGGAGGGCUUCUACUCAGGCGUCGCUGCGGGUAAGGCAUCUUCGGCAGCGCAAGAGGCUUCGGUCAGCGACGCCCGACUGGAAGCGUUCUACCGACUGUUCUCCUGCCGACGACGAGCAGCGUCCGAACUCUUCGCGCUUCUCUCCGUUACUCGGGGAGGUCAGCUGGUCACUCGAAAGCUAGUUGCCCAGUACUGUCUGGCGGCGCUUGACAAGGAACCCGCGGGAGGUAGCGCGGCCUCGUCUCCGCUCCUUGGCGUGGCUUCUGUGAUCCUUAUGUGGCUGUUCCUGGGGCCGCGGCUUAUUUGCAAACUUGGAGACAGCCAGCAAGGUCGCCGCUUCAUCGACGGGGGCCUGCGGAAGAUCUUCGACUUCUUCCAACAGCGGACGGCGCUGUCACUUCAGCUUCAGCAGACAGCCCCGGCAUCUCUCCUCUCGUCUCCGACUGCGGUGGGCUCCACGCCCGGCGCCGGCGGCAGAGCCGCGCCCCAGCAGACGGAUCCGGUGGCCCUCGUCGCGUGGGCCGCAGGGGUUCUCUUGAAGGUUUUUCACCUUUCGCGAGCUUCCCAGUUGGUGUUGCCGCGGCAGACCGAUGUGCUUUCCGCUCUCCAACAAAUCCAGCUGCCAUCCGCCUUCCUAAGCAAGGCGCUGGCUACAUCGGUGGCGUCUUCGCCGUCGAGCGUGUGGGGAGCUGGUGGCGCGGGUCUCUUGGCAGCAGCGGGCGGAGCCGGCACAGGGACCGCGGUAGAGGCACAGUGUGCAGGCGUGAGCGGAGACACUCUCGGAAGCGACUCGACGUCUUCGGCUCGAGACGGAAAGCCUCAAGCCAGCGCAGGACGCGGGGGCCUUCUACUUCCGCCUCUGUCUGCGUCGGUCUCCGCUGGAGGGUCGGUGGUGUCGGGUCCGUCGAGUUGGGGAAGCUCCAGCACGCCUGCAGAGAGCUCGGCGUCGGCCCACGGAUUGCUGGAAGAGGCCGGUGGGAAGAAGGCCUCUUCCCAGCGGGCUUCUCAGCCGCCAGUGAAGAGCCCAGAAACCGGCGGCUCCAGUCCCGUGGCGGCAGCGCGGGCCGCAGGAGGUGAAGCCGCAGGAGGCGAGGGGGCUCAGGGAGCAGCGCGGGGCCUCGCAAAGGGGUCCUCGAGCAGGGGACCUUUGCUGUCUGGAGUACAGCAUGCUAAGGGCGCUGGCGUGAUAGGCGCCUCGCCAUCCUCGCCCGCUGCCUCGGGGGCUCCGGGGAAGCUAGUGGCUGCCGUGGACGAGCGCGAAGACAGCGAUGACGAAGAGAACGAGGGGGCGUACCGCGAAGAGGGAGAAGAAGAGUCUGCCGAUCUGCAGGCGACUCAGGAAGAAGAACUUGUCGUGGGCGAACAGAGCUUGUACGGGAGCGGGAAGGCCCUCAGCCGGCGAGUCUUCAAGAAGGCGGCCCCGUACGUGGUUGAGGAAGGAUCAACGUGGAUGGUCCUGUACAAACCUGCGUUCUGGCACUGCUCGGGCUUUGGGCGAGACCGGCCCGUCUUCGUUCCCCGUGUCGCGACUCCGCAAGAGCUCGAGGAAGCGCUUGCGCACAUCUCGCUGGAGGACAUGAUCAGUAGCGGAAAAAUCGAGAGCUUCCACCUUUACAUGAUGAAGAAGUAUCCUCGCCUCGAGACAGUUCGCCGCUGGGAGGAGAUGGAGUGCGGCCUGUGCCACCGGACAGAUCUGGAGACGUCCGGCUCCCUGCUGAUUGCCAAGACACGCCGAGCGCGCGAGUCCAUUUUCGAGCAGUUCCGGAAGCGCCUUGUCCACAAGGAGUACCUUCUGCUGUGCCACGGCCGCCUGGACAAACUGCAUGCGCGGAUCGACCACCCGAUUGCGACGCGCGACUUCGAUUCGAGUCGGUCAAAGUCCCAUUUCUCCGAGGUCGUCGGACCCGAUGAAGGAGGCGACGAAGCCCUCACGGAGUACCAAGUGGUUCGCGUCUUUGGGGUCCGCCAGCCUGUGCACCGGAAGAUCCAGGCGGCGAUGUCUGUCGCCGCUCGCAUUGCGUCCUCGCCUUCUUCGUCCUCGUCGUCCUCUUCCGCGCCCUCGGACAGAGCCAGGGGAUCUGGAGCAGCUGCCGCGGGCGCCAAGGCCGCAGGAAGCGGCAAGGGCAGCCCCGUGAGCGGCACGGCGGCGAAGAAGGAUUUCUCGUAUUCUCAGGAGUUCUCGUUCUGUCGGGUGCGGAUCCACACGGGCCGCACGCACCAGAUUCGGGUCCACUUCCGCCACAUUGGCCACCCUCUUGUCGGUGACACCAAGUACUGCGACCUCUACAAGUGCACCGUUGACCGCUCCUGGUGCGCGCGCAUGUUCCUUCACUCUGCCGUGCUCGAGUUCGACAACCCCGACAAGACGGAGACACAACACGUCCGCGUGGUCUGUCCCCUCGCCACCGAGUUGCUGGCAGCUCUGGAGAACGAGCUCGUUUGCCUCGAGGACUACUCCCAAAUCACUGCGGACAUGCUCGAUCGCACAGGUCAGGUCAAGAAGGAGUACCGCCACUUGGUCGUUUCAAAUCCGACAGGGCCGCCAGACGGAUCGGUCCCAGGGUACUCUGCUCUCCCCGCGGCGGCCUCCUCGCCCUCGUCUUCUCGCUCCGGUCCGCUGCUGCAAGGCGUCGUCGGCUCGUCUCCACCCCUCUUACCUCUCGCCCCUGCGGCGCUCGCGGCCGAGGGACGCUUGACGCCUUCGUCACCCUUGUCUUUGCCGCCUGAGAGACUUAGAGACACUCGGGCGCCGACCGUCGCCUCGGCGGCUGCCACUGCGUCGUCUCCGCCCAAGGCCCCUGCUUCCCCGCCCGUGUCCAAGUCGUCGCCGGUUAUCCUCUCUUCAGAGAAGUCGCAGAAGGUGGAAGAGCCUGCGCCUGUCACACUUCCUGGACGAGCGCUAGAUGCACGAGAGGCGGAGAGAAAGGCAGAGCAAGAUGAGGCCCGGACGCGAGACGCGGUCAAACAGACACCCGCAGACGAGAAGCCGGCCACCUGCCCGUCCUCGGAGAAUCAACCGCCUCUCCUCCCUGUGGAGCUGCCGUCUCGCCAGAAAGACGCUCCCCUGUCUCCGUCGUCGGGAGAAGGGGGCGUGCGUCAACCCCCCAUGCCUCCUGUCUUGGCGCCGGCCCCGGCUUCGAACUUCUCUGGAAUUUUUGAUUCACUGCUCGACGCACUUCGACAGUCAGGAGAGGUGCAGGGAUCCGGGAGCUACGCCGGGGAGACCCGAAGAAGUGAAGCAGGUGAAGGCUCGCAGGCUUCCGCUUUUCCUGGGGAAGCAUCCGACGCGGGACGGUUGGGGCUUGCGGGAGAGUGGCGGAGAAGGCGGUAUCUGGAAGAAGCGGACUGGUCCGUGGCGGAUAUAUGCCAAGAGAAACAGAGGGAGACGCGUCCGGGUGCGGAUCUUUCCGACGCAGAGGCGAUGAGUCGGGCCCGGGCAGCGAGACAGUGGUCGUACCGAGAGUUCGCGACCGACCUGGCGGACCUAAUGCGGCUGCCGGCGAAGGAAGAAGAUGCGUCGGGCCUCCGGCGUCUCACAGAGGCCGUGGCAACAGCCGUUCCGCUCCCAACGGUGAGGGAAGAAGAACAAGUCCGGCAGUACUGGGGUUCUGUCCACGCAGCUCAGCGCGUGGCGACGGCCAGAAGCCGCGAGCGGAUGUUGGAGAACGCGCUCCAGGCACUGGUGCGGCUUCUGCAUUUGUCGGAGCUGCAGAGAGAGGUUUUUCUGCCUGCGUCGCUGAAUCCGCAAGAGAACGCUGACGCCCAGGCCCGGGGUGCUUCCGCCUCAGCGUCUGCGGAAGUCAGACAGAGGUGCCGCUACAUCGCCUUCGACUCCCGGUCGGGUGAGAUGGUGGCGCGGGAGGACGGGCAUCUUUUGAUUCCGUCCUUCGCCGAUGCGGCGUCGGGAGCUCUGGGCGGGGUCCAAAACCCGCAAGCCGCUGGCAUCGCCUCGCUGAAUUCUGUCGCCUUCUGGAAGGUCCUUCUGGAGUCGCUCGGCGCUCACUACCCCGCUGACAUUUGCGUGAGGUGGGAUGCAAAUAAGCGGGCUAUACUCGUGCUUCUUCUCCUCGAAAAUACGGCGGAAAUGAAGAAGAUUUCCCAAGCAGCAGCUUCUCAAGGGCCGCAACAGCAUGCCGCCGCACAGGCGCGGGCUUUCCUCGACUUCCACAGAGCCCUCAGAGACCUGUCGAAGUUCGAGAUUGCAACGCCGGCUCUCGCUCGAGCCGUGGGGAACGUGCCACUUCCGCGAGAGUCUUGGGCGCAGGGCCAUACUGAGAAGGUCGCCGAUGGACGCAUUGGUGGGAGUGAAAGCAAGGAAGCCGCGGUCGUCGUUGGCCCUCUUCAGGAUCGAAGGAGGCGCUCGCAGGGCGCGGCAGAGGGUUCUUCAGCGUCUCUGUGGCGCAUGCAAGCCUGGAGAAAGUACACGCCUGGAGGCGACGUGUCCCGCGCGCUUGGCGAGUUUGAAUUCGAUGUCAAGCAAGGGUUCCGCAGUCGCUUCCCUUUGGGAGAUCUUCCUCCGUUCCGGCAACAAAUGGGCCCUGUUCGAGCCCCUGACCUCCAAUUCAACCAGUCGCCACUGCUCCCCCACAACCUCGGCCCUGCCCACGUUCCCAUGGGAGGUCUCCCGUCGCAUCCUCAUAUCUCGGACUUUCAUAACUCAUCGGAGUCGCGCCCGCAACAUCCGCUGCUUGCCAGCGGGCUCGCAUCGAGACUCGGACAGGGCCUGACGCCCCAGGAGAGACAGUUCGUGCUCUCUCAACAGUCUGGCGGAUCGACCUCGUUCCUGCUGCCUGCGUUGCCGUCUCUCUCAGAGAACCUCUCCGGCCACGAUUCAUCUGGAAGCCGUUUCGACGCGUCCCAGAGGAACCUGCUGCGCCUCCCCGGAGCGCCAGGCAACGGAGCUGCGCUCGGUUCUGGGCCGGGUGCAGGCCUGGUGACUCGCCCCUCUUGGGCUCCAAGUGUGUGGGGCAGUCCAGGAGCGGGCACUGCCUCGGGGGCGGCCGGCGGCGCGGGUGGUGACGGCGCGUUGGCGCGCGGGCUCGGAGCCCAAGGUGGCGGAGACGGCCGUGAAGACCGGCGUCGAGGCCCUGCAGAAGGGAGUGCCCCGAUGGCCCCCUUCGUCUUUUUGUGGGAGGCGGAAGGCGAGGGCCAAGCCGAUGCAACACCGCCGAACAACGCCGAGGUGCAAGAAGAAGAAAUCCGGGAUCUGAUGGACCUGAGCUUCAUGAUGGGAAGCACUCCGUCCAGUGGCCACGGCCAGACAGCUGGACCAGGCUCCGUCAGCCCGUCACCGGAGACAGGCGAUCGAGGCGCGAGCGGGGUGCCAGGUUUUGAGUCGCUUGGCGUGGACGAGGCCCGCGGGGACUCGGCGGCGCUCCAGAAGCUUCCCGUUCAAGCUCCGACACCGGGGGCGAAGGAAGCGACGGGGGUCGUCGGCGAAGGGUCGAGGCGAAGAAACGAAGAGUCGCGGGGCGGGGUGGGGCAGACUCCGCAGCAGGGUCAAGACGAAAGUUCGGUCCUGUUGAGAGACAUGGGAGGAGAACUUCGAGAAGGAGUCCGGCAUUUCUCUGAAGACCAGGCCUCGGCGGCGGCUGAUGGGAGUUUCAUGUCGCGGUUGCCGCAGGAGGCGUGGCAAGGGUCUUCGGGGCUUUUGUCGAGCGCGUCUAAGGCCCUUUCGAAUGCGUCCUCGCCCACCAGUUCCCUCCUGUCCUUCGGGCAGCCUGGGGCUCUUAGGUCAUCCCAAGCCGGCGCCGGACCGUCGCUGUUCCUCAUGAUGAGCCAGCACGGCGGCGCAGGGGGCGAGAGACGAUUCGGGGCUCCGGGGGAGAGUUUGGCUUCCUCCUCAGCCUCGCUGGCUUCGGGUGGGGCUCGCACGCGAGGCCAGACCCUGAGUGAGGUCGAAGGCACACUACAGGAGACGUCAACUCGGGAGGGCGAGGCCCAGGUUCUGGGGAACGACAAGUGGUGCGUCCGCAUCGACAUUCCGCACCCGCCUUCCGAGGCCCCGCCCCAUCCGAGCAUCAUGUUCCUCCACCAGAAAGUUGCGCGAGAAAUGCUAGAAGGCGAGACGCGUGGAGCUGAGGGUCGACGAGGUGCGGGAGACGAAGGAGACAACCGGGGUCCCGCUCUCGCCGCUCGGGCAGCCGCUGCCCUUCUCAGUCGCCAGUACUGCAAUGGCGCUGCUGCCGUCGAAAAUGCUUUGCACGACCAGCUCGCUCAGCAGAGAAGAGUGGGGGACAUGUGGGGGUCUUCUGUAGGGUCGUUGCAUGCAGGAGCCGCCAUGGGAGUAAGCUUGGGGCGUCACGGCGCAGGCGAGGAAGUGUCUGGCGUCGACGAAGAGUUCUUGCUCGGCAGACGAAACUCGACGGGAAUGACGCGCGGUGUGGGACCUGGAGCAGGAGGACCUCGUCCGUCACCGUCCCCUCCAGGAAACAUGCCAGUGCCCCCGGCGCACAUUCACCCGUCUCUUCGCAGCCACCUGGCCGCAGCGACAGCGCCGGGUUUCCCUCUUGGGGACGGAACUGCGCCAUUUGGAGGCGGCAGGGCGACGCCGGGAAUCUCUUCAGAUCUCCACGCUUCCAGUGGAGGUGGGGGGCUGAUCGGCAGGGGCGCUGCGCUUCCCUCGCCGCACAUGAAUGCGGGAGGCAGGCCCAUGUUUGGGACAAACGAGUUUCCGCUCCGGGCCUCGAACCACGCUACAGACUCGGGGCGAGGUCGCCCUUUCGCCCCGUCAGGCUUCUGUGGUGCUGCCGGAGGCUCCGCGACCGAUCUGGGGGACGGGGACCUCCGCGGGCCUCUCCUGCCCCAGGCUGCGCAGGACCCGCGGCUGCAUGCGCUCGAUAUGCGGAACGCUCAACCACAGUCUCUGCAGGCCCCACACAGAAUGGGCGACUCUCUGCUUGGGGCGGGCGGCUUGCCGAGACUGCCUGCCCUCGGCCAGCCUGGCGGGCCCAAUGCCGGGCCUUCUUCAGGGAACAGCGGCAGAGAGGACGAGAAAGCUUAGUCAAAGCAUUGGGGUUGUAAUUGUUGAUGUGGAACCUUUUACAGAGUCAAGAGCGAACGCGGGUGGACCGCCCCACUGAAGGAUGUUGAAUGCUUUUGUGUAGUCGCGCCGAUUUUAAAGUGAGUAGUGCGGGCGCUGGGUGCGCGCGCGGGGUGUCAAGAGACUCUCAGGAGUGGAAAGAAGAAGAAAGGAAAAUCAGGAAGGGAAGUGGGGAAACGCGGGGCUAAGGUGACAAAAGGACAGAGACAUCUUGUCUCAGCUUGAGAGGAGCUACACUCGUAGGAUGGUUUGAGGGGGAGAGUAAUGAAUGCUUUGCAGACCCGACGGAUAAUUUAUGUGUGAUGGACAUGGGGCAGCGUGGACGGCUAACAGAGAGAACCUUGUAUUAGUUGUAGUAGGUUGUUCAUCUCUUUCGUAUUUCUUUAUCGUAACACAAAUCAUGUGUUCAGACCCGCGCCGAACCGUGUUGGUUCGUUGCUCCGGACGUUUUGCUCUUUCCGGUCAGGCGUUUUGUCUCUUUCUCAUAAACACUUUGUUACUUUGGAGGCGGAACUCACGAGAGCGGCGAGUUUUUGUGUUCGCGCAGACGAGUGUGGACGGUGCUGUAAACGGGGGAGAGCUGGUCGUGUGGGGCGAAAAGUGGAAUGUGUUUUUGUUUUUUUCGAGGUGGACAGCGCGCGCGAAGACGCUUGGAAAACGUCUCUUGUCCGUAGAAUCGCAAACCGACAGGAACUCGUUGUGUGUAUGUGUGUCAAAAAGGUUUCGAACUUGUUUGCCUGUUUAAUACCUCUCGAUGAGAGGAUGAUAAGACGUGAAGCCG